AGUGACGUCAAAAUGUAAACAUUUGAUUUGCUCCCGACUGAGAGUUUUAAAGAACGCAAGAAAGUUUAUGAAUUUUGACAUAGUUGAGAUGGAUGAAUUGCAACUUUUAAAAGACGAAUUGUCAAAAAGAAAUGCAGAAAUCGCAAAACUGAAAAUGACUUUGCAGGAAAAGGAAAAACAACUGUCAUUAAGAACUGACAUUACAAAAGAGGCCUUAAAACCUUUAGAUAAAGUAAACAAGUUAUCCAAUGAAAGUAUCAGUAGAUAUAGUCGACAAUUGAUAUUACCAGAAUUAGGUGUUACAGGUCAAGUGAAGUUAACUAACAGUAGCGUAUUGAUAGUUGGAGCAGGAGGAUUGGGUUGUCCGUCUGCUGUUUAUUUAGCGGCUGCUGGCAUAGGUAGGCUAGGUAUUGUAGAUUAUGAUGAAGUAGAAUUAAGUAAUCUACAUCGUCAGAUACUUCAUACAGAAGAUCGUGUAGGAAUGUCUAAAUCACAAUCAAUUGCCACUUCUUGUCACAGGUUAAAUUCUGGUGUGGAAUAUGUACCUUAUCACCUAGCUUUAAACAGUUCUAAUGCUCUACCUAUAAUAUCACAAUAUGAUAUAGUAUUAGAUGCUACAGAUAAUGUGGCUACCAGGUAUUUACUCAAUGAUGCUUGUGUUAUAGCAGGUAAAACUCUCGUCUCAGGUAGUGCUCUUAGAUUCGAGGGACAGUUAACUGUAUAUAAUUAUGAGAAUGGACCAUGUUAUAGAUGUUUGUAUCCUAAACCCCCUCCACCCCAAACUGUUACAAAUUGUUCUGAUGGUGGAGUCGUAGGUGUAGUGCCAGGAAUAAUUGGAUGUAUGCAGGCAUUAGAAGCAAUUAAAAUAGCAUCUGGAAUAAAAUCAUCGUUUGGUCAGAGAAUGUUGUUAUUUGAUGCUAUAGACGGAACAUUCCGAUGUGUGAAACUACGAGGAAGGCAGCCAUCUUGUCCAGUCUGUGGUGAUGCACCAACUAUAACUCAGUUAAUAGAUUAUGAACAAUUCUGUGGAGCAAAGGCAUCAGAUAAGGAUAAAGCUAUGAAUAUUUUAGAGAAAGAACAAAGAAUGUCUGCUAAGGAAUAUAAAAGUAUGUUAGAAGAAAAGAAACCUCAUAUAUUAGUAGAUGUACGACAACCUGUAGAAUUAGAAAUAUGUCAACUACCAAAUACACAAACUAUCAACAUUCCAGUUUCUUCACUUCAAAAAGAAGAAAAAAUAUCAGAAGUAAAAGACAGAAUUAAUCAGUUGAAAUCAAAUGGUGAUGAUAAAGUGCCAAUUGUUGUUGUUUGUCGCCGUGGUAAUGACUCUCAGUCAGCAGUUAAUACAUUAAAGCAACAGCUAUUGGACAAUAAUAUUGAAAUUAAAGAUAUAAAUGGAGGAUUACAUUCAUGGAGUAAAAAUGUUGAUCAUAAUUUUCCUCAGUAUUAAUAAAAUUUCAUUUGUAAAAGUA